AAACAACAAACUAUUGGUAUAGCCACAUUGCCCUAGUAAAAGAGUUAUGGGGCUCAAAAUUCUUAAGGCAUUGGCUCUUAUAGUCUUGUUGAACAUCCUAGCUUUGGCUUGUGUUUCAUCAGCCAAACCGGGUUGCCCUCCGAAGGUUCGGUCAUCGCCUGCAACCACCCCGACAAUGCAGGCGAAGUGCCCGAAAGAUACACUAAAGUUUGGGGUUUGUGGGAGCUGGCUCGGGCUGAUAUCCGAGCAGAUUGGGGCAAAACCGAGCAAGAAAUGUUGUAGUUUGUUGACAGGGUUGGCCGAUCUCGAGGCUGCGUUGUGCUUGUGCACUGCGCUGAAAGCGAAUGUAUUGGGUGUUAACCUUGAUGUGCCUAUUGCUCUUAGUUUGGUUGUAAAUUCUUGUGGGAAAAGUAUUCCACAAGGCUUUGUUUGUCCUUAAUUAGAGAAGUUUUCAUGUUGUUUGAUUCUCAAGUUUUUGUUGUUGAUUGUACUCUUUGAUUAAGUAAAAGUCAUGAGUGGACUUCAGUGGUGUUACAUUGACUUUAUUUUUUUCAUGUGUAUGAUAUUUGUUUUUUUAUUUUUAGACAACAUAUAGGAUGAAGGAACCUUUAAUCUUAAGGUUAAUAAUAUGUGUUUGAUGUCAGUUGAGUUAUGCUCA